AUGUCCACCACCGACGCCCCACCCGCCUACACCGCGGCCCCAAACGCCGCCCCCGCCCUUUCAGUCAACUCCCUCGCGCCCCCAGCAGACGACCCCUACACCUUCCUCAGCAGCUUCGACACCGUGUUCCUAAUCGACGACUCCGGCAGCAUGGCCGGCUCGCGCUGGGCCGAAACGCGGUCCGCCCUCGAAACCAUCACCCCGAUCUGCGUGGCCCACGACGCCGACGGCAUCGACCUCUAUUUUCUGAACCGCGCGGACAGCGAGUGGUACCACAAUGUGAAGCUGUCCAGCACCGUGGCCGAGAUCUUCAGCUCCGUGAGGCCGGGCGGAGGCACGCCGACGGGACAGCGGCUCAAUGGCAUCCUGAGGCCGUAUCUUAAGCGCUACGAGCGGAGUCCUGAGAGCACGAAGCCGCUGAACAUCAUCAUCAUAACAGACGGGGAGCCCUCCGACGACGUCGAGAGCCCCAUUGUCGCGGCGGCGAAGAAGCUGGAUAAGCUUGAUGCGCCGGCCUGGCAGGUGGGCAUUCAGUUCUUUCAGGUUGGGAGAGAGCCAGCAGCCAAGGCACACCUGAAGCAGCUGGACGAUGAGUUGGCGGAGCUGGCGGGGGAGGAGGAGCUUAGGGAUAUUGUGGAUACGGUGCCGUUUACGGGCGCCGAGGGUGGAGAGUUGACGGGGGACGGGAUCUUGAAGGUGGUCCUAGGAGCUGUGAACCGCAGGCUCGACCGUAAGAAGUCGAAGGACUUGCAUCGCUGA